CAGCUGAUGCUACUAGAGCCCUGGCUCUCUCUCUCUCUCUCACACACAACACAUUGGAGCUAGCCAGCUGCUGGGGCUGUCAUUGGCAGAGAGAGCAGCAUCCCUGCAUGCUACAGACACCACAGCAAAGACAAUACACUCACAGCAAGACAAUAACCCCCCUUGCCUGGGCACCACUGGCACCAGCACCGCCUGCACUAGGGCACCGCAGCUGCACAGGGCACUCUCUGGGAUUUUGCACCCUGUACAAGGAGGAGACCAGUGGGCAUCAGCCGGGAGUAAAAUGACAUCAGCAACAUCCCCAAUCAUUCUGAAAUGGGACCCCAAAAGCCUAGAGAUUCGGACCCUCACCGUGGAGAGCCUUCUGGAACCACUUGUUACCCAGGUCACCACUCUAGUGAACACGAGCAACAAAGGCCCAUCCGGUAAAAAGAAAGGUCGCUCUAAAAGGGCCCAUGUACUGGCAGCCUCUGUGGAACAGGCCACCCAAAACUUUUUGGAAAAGGGGGAGCAGAUUGCCAAAGAGAGCCAGGAUGUAAAGGAGGAGCUAAUCUGCGCCGUGGAGGAUGUCAGGAAACAAGGAGAUACCAUGCGGAUUGCCUCUUCGGAGUUUGCAGAUGACCCCUGCUCAUCGGUAAAGCGUGGCACAAUGGUGCGGGCAGCCCGGGCGCUGCUGUCUGCUGUCACCCGCCUGCUCAUAUUAGCAGACAUGGCUGAUGUCAUGAGGCUUCUGUCCCAUCUGAAAAUUGUGGAGGAGGCUCUUGAGACCGUGAAAAACGCUACAAACGAGCAAGAUCUGGCUCACCGUUUCAAAGAGUUUGGCAAAGAGAUGGUCAAACUGAACUACGUGGCGGCACGAAGGCAACAGGAGCUGAAAGACCCUCACUGCCGCGAUGAGAUGGCAGCCGCCCGCGGCUCUCUGAAAAAGAACGCCACCAUGCUUUACACGGCCUCGCAAGCUUACCUGCGCCACCCUGACGUGGCGGCCACCAGGGCUAACCGGGAUUACGUCUUCAAGCAGGUGCAGGAAGCUAUUGCAGGGAUCUCAAACGCUGCCCAGGCCACCUCGCCCACUGAUGAGAAGCAGGGUCACACGGGCAUUGGGGAGCUGGCAGCCGCCCUCAAUGAGUUUGAUAAUAAGAUCAUUCUAGACCCCAUGACCUUCAGUGAAGCUCGGUUCCGGCCAUCUCUUGAAGAGCGGCUGGAAAGCAUCAUCAGUGGAGCGGCCCUGAUGGCGGACUCCUCGUGUACCCGCGACGACCGGAGGGAGAGAAUCGUGGCGGAGUGCAACGCCGUGCGACAGGCCCUUCAAGACCUGCUGAGCGAGUACAUGAACAACUCUGGGAAAAAAGAAAAAGGAGACCCGUUAAACAUCGCCAUUGACAGGAUGACCAAGAAGACGCGGGAUCUGCGUCGGCAGCUUCGAAAGGCGGUAAUGGACCAUAUCUCGGAUUCCUUUCUGGAGACGAAUGUCCCCCUGCUGGUGCUUAUUGAGGCUGCAAAAAGUGGCAAUGAGAAGGAAGUGAAGGAAUAUGCCCAAGUGUUUCGUGAACACGCCAACAAAUUGGUCGAGGUGGCAAACCUGGCAUGUUCUAUAUCAAAUAAUGAAGACGGAGUGAAGUUGGUGCGCAUGGCGGCCACCCAGAUUGAUAGUUUAUGCCCACAGGUGAUUAAUGCUGCGUUGACAUUGGCUGCCAGGCCGCAGAGUAAAGUGGCGCAGGAUAACAUGGAUGUGUUCAAGGACCAAUGGGAGAAGCAGGUCCGUGUUCUCACUGAGGCCGUAGAUGACAUCACAUCGGUAGAUGACUUUCUUUCUGUCUCAGAGAACCACAUAUUGGAAGACGUGAACAAGUGCGUCAUUGCCCUGCAAGAAGGAGACGUUGACACGCUGGACAGAACUGCAGGAGCCAUUCGGGGCCGUGCCGCCAGAGUCAUUCAUAUAAUCAAUGCAGAGAUGGAGAACUACGAGGCCGGCGUUUACACAGAGAAAGUUCUGGAAGCCACCAAGUUGCUAUCAGAGACUGGUCAAGGCUUUGUAAGGAUGUCUGCAAUCAUGUCCUCAGUUGGACAGCAGUUUAUGCCCCGUUUUGCUGAACAAGUGGAGGUGGCCAUAGAAGCUUUGAGCACCAAUAUUCCCCAGCCGUUUGAAGAGAAUGAAUUUAUUGACGCCUCUCGCCUGGUGUACGAUGGCGUGCGGGACAUCAGGAAAGCCGUACUCAUGAUUAGGACCCCGGAAGAAUUGGAAGAUGAUUCUGACUUCGAACAGGAGGAUUAUGAUGUCAGAAGCCGAACGAGCGUUCAGACUGAAGAUGACCAGCUGAUUGCCGGACAGAGUGCGAGAGCGAUCAUGGCCCAACUACCGCAGGAAGAGAAGGCCAAGAUUGCGGAGCAGGUGGAGAUAUUUCACCAGGAGAAGAGCAAGCUGGAUGCAGAAGUAGCCAAAUGGGAUGACAGCGGUAAUGACAUCAUUGUAUUGGCCAAGCAGAUGUGUAUGAUCAUGAUGGAGAUGACCGAUUUCACCAGAGGGAAAGGUCCACUAAAGAACACGUCUGAUGUGAUUAACGCCGCAAAAAAAAUUGCAGAAGCCGGUUCUAGGAUGGACAAGCUGGCCCGUGCUGUUGCUGAUCAGUGCCCAGAUUCAGCAUGCAAACAAGAUCUGCUCGCCUAUCUGCAACGCAUUGCCCUCUACUGCCACCAGCUUAAUAUCUGCAGCAAGGUGAAAGCCGAAGUCCAGAACCUUGGGGGUGAACUCAUUGUUUCUGGGCCCGGAGUGCAGAGCACUUUCACUACCUUUUAUGACGUAGCAGGUGAUGUCAUAGCUGGAGGCAGGGAUAGUCAUCUUUCCCUCAACCUACUCCCCUCAUGUGCUCAAGGAGCUCUUUUCGGGAACGGAAGCAGGGACUCAACCAUGCUGGACAGCGCCACCUCCCUCAUUCAGGCUGCCAAAAAUCUGAUGAAUGCCGUGGUGCUGACCGUGAAGGCAUCUUACGUGGCUUCCACCAAGUACCAGAAGGUCUACGGCACAGCGGCCGUGAACUCUCCCGUUGUGUCCUGGAAGAUGAAAGCUCCAGAAAAGAAACCGUUAGUAAAACGAGAAAAGCCAGAAGAAUACCAGACCCGAGUAAGGAGAGGGUCACAAAAGAAGCACAUCUCACCGGUCCAGGCUCUAAGUGAAUUUAAAGCAAUGGAUUCAUUCUAGAACUAUAGGCUUUACUAACAGGAUUAUUUUUUUUCUUUUCUUUUUAAAGAAGUCAUUUUGUAUGCUUACCUGCCGACUUGUAUGCCUCCGGCAUGAACCGACCCUUAGCAGUGUCCGUUUGCAUGCUACCCCAGAUUUUAUUGGAGUUGGAAAACACAGCACAUUGGCAAUAAACCAAGUGCAUUGAGUGCCAUCAAAUUAUAACUGUAAAUUUUGCCCUGAUCCCACACCCAAGGUUAUACUAUAGAUCCAGGCAAGCAACCGGCCAAUGGAGAAUGACAACAAAGGCUAAACAGGAAACAUGAUAUGCAUGCAGGGGCUGUUAGGUUGUCUGGUAUCGUAGGGUAAGACAUGGAAGUGCAAUGGUAGACCAUUCAGCUUGUAAUGCUUUCGUUUAGUACAAACUAUACCUAGCAAAUAUGCCUAACUGUGUGGCCCAGAUGAUGAAUUUUUGACACCUUUGUGAUAGUACGUGGCUUAUUUUUCUUUUUUUCUUUAAGUCUACUAAUACUGUAACUGAAGGCUUAUCACCUAUUGUGUAUUCCGUUCUCUAUGUUACAAAGUGUUAUUUACCAUGUUACUGAUUAGUCCCCAGAGAUAAUUACAGCUAGCUAAGUCUGUGUGUUGGCGUGUGAUGCCCAUUAAGAUGACUGAAAUGGCAUUUUUUUUUCCUUUUACUAGUUAAUAAUCCGGACAUUAGAAAGGAUCACCCACCUACCCAGGGUGGGGGCAGCCAUUUUGUGAAUUUCAGCCAGUGCUGGACUGUACUCUUGUAAACAUUGCUUCAGACCACAAAAUGGCUACCUUCCGUGUGCAGGUGGGCCGUUCAUUUUAACUUGUUGGUUUUGAAUACAUAACAGUGUUGCAGCUUAAAUGCAAAAAAAUGUAGAUGACCAGUAGCUUGGAAUAGAGGUAUCAAUCAUGGCUUUGUACCAAGUAACUUAAUAAAGUCAUUAACUCCCUCUAA